AUGAUUUCAAGAACAGAAAAUGCUGGUUUUCUUCUUCCUGCUAUCACCACAUUGGCAAUAAGUAAGGAUAGGUUUUUAAUUUGCUGCACAUUUCCUUCCACAAAAGGUCAACAAGAAGAUGCGCUGUGUAAAAUACCUUUGACUUCUAGGACUCCUGGUCUCCUAUUCGUUCCCCGGAGGUGAGUGUUUUAACAAUUAUAUGGGAAUUUCCCAGAAAUCUUAAUAGGGGCUCAGCAUUGAUGUAAACAAAAGUACUUGUUAGAUUUCCAAGUGAUGGUAACCCAGCUAAGGCUGUUGGAAUAAAAAAUCAGGCAAUUGAAGCUGGUUCAUUAGAGUGAAUAGGAAACUGCCCUACCAACCUCAGUCUGCCCUGAACCACUCCUCAUAUUCAUAUUGACAACCAGUCAGGGAGUGGCACUGCCUGUCAUUGCCUCUGGAUCCACCUUCUGUUGGUCUCCCUGCCUUCUGUCUCACCAAAUUAACUGGACACUAACCACCUCUGAAAGCACAAAGGUUUAAAUUACCUGUGCUUCCUCACUGGAAUAAGCAAAAGUACAAGUAAAGUGAGAUUUCACAUUAAAAACAGUCUUCUUACAACUUUUGUCCCACCCUCUUUUUCUUCCUUUACUCUUCUUUCCAUACAGCAAGGGCCAGAUCCUGUCCCAAGGGUUGGCUGAGAGCGCUGGGCAACUGCUAUGCAUAUUUUGAUAGCCCAAAGUCAUGGUCUGAAGCUGAGGUAAGAAGUUGUUUCUCACCAACCAAGCUGUAGCAUAAGAUAUUGUUGUGGGUUGCACAUGAGAUCUUUUUGAGGAGGGCUAUGUAUGUGAGUUGGCCUGAGACAAUACCUGGCCAACAUUUCAGAUUGAGUUGGUCACCCAACAUGUUCAAGGGAUGUGUUUCCAUGGGAGCCAAGAAGGCUUAAUUAACAGUCAAGACUCCUCAAUGGUGGCAACUUAAAUAAAAUAAGGGGUGUGGAAGUGGCUGGUAAGCCCUGCUCUGCACAAUCAAUCACAAGACAUGGCACACACACCCCCACUGGAAUGGCAAUGCCCAUCGCCUUUGGGAACCCACCCCCUCAAAUAUUUUAUUUUAUUUUUUUAAAUAAUUUUCUUUAACAGGCCAAUCACAUCACAUUAUCCAAAUCACAUUAAUUCCAAAUUAUACAGCCAAAUUUUAAAUUUUGUUGGUGGUACCCAUACAUCCAGCUCCGAACGAGUCCAAACAUCACUUGUAUUGCUGCUUUAAUUAAACAGUUCUAUCCAGUUCAAUCCAGAUAGUCCUUUAUUACUUUCUUCAUCUUCUUGUUGUUAUCAUAUAUUCCUUUCUUUGCGAUCUCUGAUAAUCUUCACAAGCAGAUUAGAGACAGGCAUCCUCUGUGUGGGUUUUGUACUCUCCAAAGAUCAUAUCGCUCAGGGACAGCCGCCAUUCCAUGCUUCCAUAAAAAAUUAAUCUUUGGUCUGUCCUUUAAUUUUCUCAGGCUUGCCGAGUAUAUCAGGAGGGCUCUGUCAGGUUAAAAUCACAUUCCAACCAUACUUCUCAUUCCAAUGGUCCUGAUUCUCCUCCCCCUGUCUUUCUUUCUCAGGCAAGCCUGUCUUAGCGAGACGCCAUUUUAAGCUGCGUCAUAAAAUUUUCCUCCGUUCUCGUUGUUUACCAAUCAUCUCUUUAAUUAUAAUCCACUCCACAUGGUUCUUUAAUUCCUGCUUGUGGUUAGUAAAACGCAACGAUCUUAUUUCUUUCUGGGGUGGAGGGUUAUUAAUAUCACAUAAUGCAAAGAAAAGAAAAGUUUUUCCUCCACCCCCCCUUCAUUCCAAACAUACAGUCUCUUAAUGGUGGUUCCGAGCUAAAGCAAAUCAUGGAUUCCAAUGGUGGAUUCUGGGCUAAAGCAAACCAGCACACGCUGAUUGGAACCGGUGUCAGGAAGAGCCGACCUCAUAGAGGGCUCGUGCCAAGUGACCUGCACCCCCUUCUCUCGGAUCUGGGGGUGCAUUGUGGACACCGCUGGCAAGGCAGCCCCCCCAUCUCCUGGGGGGGGGGUAGGAAGACUGCAUACUUCCCAUAGCAGCCUCUUAAUUACCUCGUAUGGGUCAGAGAGAUGUUAUUGUCGGCCAUCUUCCACUGCGCCCGUGGUGGCCCCCCUCAAAUAUUUUAUUGGGGGGCUAAAGGGACCUUGGCCCAAAAAAGUUGGAUCCUGUGGUCAGGAGGGAUGGCCUGGCCAGAAUGUAUUCACUCACCAUUAUGAAGAAGCAAGUCAUCUCUCUUACUGAAAAGAAUAAUGGUCUGCAGUGCCAAAAUGGAAUGUGGUAGGUUUGUUUGUUUGGUGAUUAUCUGUGUUGCAGCAGAGGUCAAGCUAAUAUGAAUUCAACAUUCCAAAGGAAAUCCCUUCAGCUCAAAACUCUUUGCAUACAUUUAAAUGCCUAUUUUCCUUUUCUGAAACAAUCUAAACAUUCUGUAUGCAAAGGCUUCUGAAUUUGGAGUUGUGAGAAAACCAACUUUGGUCUCCCCCAAAGGACUUAUUUCGUGAACCCUCAGCCUGAUUUGUUUGCACAAAGCUUACACAGAAGUUAUGUGAUAUCCAUUCUUCAUUGAACACUCAGUCUGAUUUGCCUGAGGAGAGAUUAGUAUUCAUUCUUUCAUUCAUAAAUUUUACAAGAUUUAUACACCGUUUGGUUUUAUUAAAACCCAAAGUGAUUUACAAAAAAUAACAGUACAAAAACAAUGUCAGUAACAAACCACAUUCCAAAAUAUAGAAUAAAUUAAGAACUUUGACAUUACACAUGAUUGUUCACAGUUGGAUAACUCCAACUGGGUGGGAUAUCACUUUUGAAUUUUUAUUUUAGUAUGUUACUGAGCACAAUUCAAAGUUCCCCAAACAGCCUCAGUCCAGUAUACCUGAAGAAGCAUCUCCACCCCCAUCGUUCAGCCCCGAGGGUCUUCUGGCAGUUCCCUCACUGUGAGAAGUGAGGUUACAGGGAACCAGGCAGAGGGCCUUAUCAGUGGUGGCGCCCGUCCUAUGGAACACCCUCCCUUCAGAUAUCAAGGAAAUAAACAACUACCUGACUUUUAGAACAUAUCUGAAGGCAGCCCUGUUUAGGGAAAUUUCUAAUGUCUGAUGUUUUAUUGUCUUUUUAAUAUAUUUCAUAUUUCAUAUUUCAUAUUUCAUAUUUCAUAUUUCAUAUUUCAUAUUUCAUAUUUCAUAUUUCAUAUUUCAUAUUUUGUUGGAAGCCCCCCAGAGUGGCUUGGGAGGCCCGGCCAGAUGGGCGGGAUAUAAAUAUAUUAUUAUUAUUAUUAUUAUUAUUAUUAUUAUUAUUAUUAUUAAUACAUUGUGAACCACUUUGGGCACCAUUUUGUGGGAAAGUGACUUACAGUUAAGCGGAUGGUGAUAAUGGUAGCAGAAUUACUUUAGUGCCUUCUCUAUUCUCAGAUUGCAUGCCAGAGCCAUGGCCGUGGGACCCAUCUGGCUUCUGUACACACAGAGCGAGAGUCAGCCUUGGUGGCCAAUCACAUCUUCUCAAAGCAGAAGACAAAAGAUAAUGUCUGGAUUGGGCUCCAUGAUAGCAAUGAGGUGAGUUCCCUUCAAUUACUCUAUUCCAGGUCAUCGUCACAGCACAGUGGCACCUUAGCAAUGCCAUCCCAUCCUUAUCUCAAUCAUCUCCUAGGCUGUAUCCCAUAAUUAUUUCUCCACUAUUUUGCAUAGGGGCCAGGCAUGCUGGGUUCCACACCACAUUAGGGGUGCCCACACAUGCAACACGUUGCCGCUCCCUGCCAACCCCCCACAGAGAACAUUUUGUGGGUGCCUCAGCACCCAUGGCCCUGCAUAGAUGGUGCUUAUGGUAGGGGCUUCUUCUCUAAUGUCUCCAUCAUAGCUUGCAAGAGCUUCCUGCUGAGCAACCUCCUCUGAAGAUCCUUGCACUGAGCUACAAACCUCCUUGGUCAAAUGAGCUGUUCCUUCUCUUUCCUGCAGAAACGAGAUUGGAAGUGGCUUGAUGAUUCACUCUUUAAUUACAACAACUGGAACGGAGGGGAGCCAAACAACUAUAAAAAUAGCAAGGAGUAUUGUGUGGAGCUGCUGCAUAGGACAGGUAAGGAAUCUAUUUGCAUGCCUGAGAAAAAAGGCGUUUUCACCUUGAAUGCAACAUUACCCUCCAAUUCCUCUAAAUUUCCAACUUGUCUCAGGGUUGCAUCUCACUAAAUUGCACUGAAAAUACGGUACAUCUGUCAACCAUCACUAAUUAAAGUCUAUUGAUUUUAAGGGAUCCAAUUAUGAGUCAUAUUUAACCUUCAACCAGGUGUUCGCUUGUAGAAAUGUUUCCAAAUCAAUUACUCUGGCUAGCAGUGGUCCAUUCAUUCAGCAUUUAGUGUCACUGUCCAACAUACCAGGAGGCUUCAGCUGUAGCUCAUCUGCAUAGUUUAGUUGCAUGUGUUUUAUUGCAUGCAUACUCAUUUACAUAUUAUAUUCUGGAAACAGUGGUUUUUCAAGUGGGCCAUGUCAUAUUAUUUUCUACAGCAUUUCUCUAAGAAGUGGUUAAAGUCAGAUAAAGAAACAAAAGAAGGCGUCACUUUAAAAAAGACCUGAUUUCAGCUGCAAAUUUUGAAUCAGGAGCACACUUAUGAGGUUGAAGUCAGGCAACUGUUGGAUGGGCAAUCCACAUGGGGUUGGUCAGUUCUGGAUCAGUCCAUCCUGCCCAAUCUAGGGUUGCCAUACGUCCGGAUUUUCCAGACAUGUUUGGGAAUCAGGGCCUGAAAAUGGCAUCUGGGCAGCAAAGCAGCAAAAUGUCUGGGAAAACCUGGACAUAUGGCAACCAGGACUAUUUUCAAAGGAAAAUGUUUCAAACAUGCUUUAAAAGCUGGAAUUUUGGGGUGGGGGUGGAAGGGAGAUGUUUGGGGGAGCUCAAAAAAGAAAAAAGCUCAGGCCGGCCCUCACUUGUUCCUGGUGCACCUUGCAAUUUCAAUUUGAAGUGAGGCUGAAAGUUAACUGGGCAUGACCUGCGUGCGCAUUUGCCCAGAUGGAUGGCAUGUGCACAGAGCCAAGCACCCCGGGCUCAGUGCAAGUCAGGAGGAAGCCCAGUUGGUGAGUGUCCCAAAGCCACUUACCUUGAAUAGGGGCCUGAAUAGGAUUCGGGGAGGGAGGCGGUGCAACGCCCAAGCAAAAAGAAAAGAAAAGAGCUCAACAAGUUUGUCCAGAUUUUUAGUAUCUGAAAUAUAUCCUAGUCAAAUCCAAUUCCUAACCCGUACUCCAAACCACAUCCAUUUGGUUAUGUAAUAAUGGGCAAGAAAUAGUAACUUUUGUCAUGUCUUGAAUUUUAGGUUUUCGAAAGUGGAAUGAUAAACCUUGUAACCUUUUGUGUACCUAUAUCUGCAAACAAGAGCUUUAAAGGAGACCACAGCUCCCAACUCUGCCUGCUUAGUGGAUGUGUCUCUGAUCUCAUUCCUUCCUCUCCCAUCCCUCAAAGGGGGAAAAACAGCUCUUCUUCAUUUUCAAAAUAACCUCCUCUAUAGAGCUACCUCUUUGGUCUUCCCAUUCACUUGGAAGUUUCCUUGUUACUUCUGCAAAAUGUAAUCCUAAUAAACUCGCUUAUGUGUA